UCCAUCUAUCAGCCAUGGCACUGGACAGCGAAAACUCAAGUCAAGAUAUGUUCGGCUAUGAUCAGUACGAUGAUUUCGAGCAGUCGAUGGAGAUCGGCGGCGCCUCGGUGGUGCGUCGCAAUGCCCGGGAGCGCAACCGGGUCAAGCAGGUCAACAACGGCUUCAGCCAGCUCCGGCAGCACAUACCCGUGGCCGUGAUCGCCGAUCUGAGCAACGGUCGCCGUGGCAUUGGGCCGGGUGCCAACAAGAAGCUGAGCAAGGUCAGCACACUGCGCAUGGCCGUCGAGUACAUACGCCGGCUGCAGAAGGUCAUCGAUGAGAAUGAUCACAAGCAGCAGGAUCGGCAGCAGCAGCAGCAGCAUCAUCAUCAUCAUCACCAUCAUCAGCAUGUGCAGCAGCAGCAGCAUAUGCUCUUCCAGCAGCAGAACUUGCAACUGCAGCAGCAGCAACAGCAGCAGCAGCAGCAGCAGCAGCAGCAGUUGUACGCCCUCCAGCAGCAACUGCAGCUCAGCUCUCCCACCGGCAGCGUCAGCUCCUGCAACAGUAGCCACAGCAACAGCAGCAGCAACAGCCACAGCAGCAGCAACAGCCACAGCAACAGCCACAGCCACAGUCACAGCUCCUCCUAUUACAGUGCUGCAGCCAAUUUGGUGCAGCCGCCAACCGAAGUCACAACGAAGCUGGAGUCCAGCUACGAGGACUACCGCAACAAUUCCUGCAGCUCCGGCACCGAGGAUGAGGACAUCCUCGACUACAUCUCGCUCUGGCAAGAUGAUCUUUAAGCCACACCA